AUGUCGUAUCCGCAGCAGCAGCCUCCUCCUGGAGCUUACUACCCCCCUCCCCAGCAGGGAUACGGUCCUCCGCCGCCGCAGGCCUACCCGCCCAUGCAGUACCAGACUGCGCCGCCGCCUCCUGAGCAAAAGGAUCGUGGCUGUCUUACUGCUUGUUUGAUGACACUGUGCUGCUGCUUCCUCUGCGAGGAAGCGUGCGAGUGCUGCAUCGAGUGUGUCGAGUGUCUAUGUUGCGGGUGUUGA